AUGGGCAUCAACAUGGCCAUGUUAACAGACCAUGUCAACAUCAACACACCCUGCAACAUGGCCCCUUUGAAGACCACGUCUGCAAAAGUCAAAAAGCUUUCAAAAGGUCAAUGUGGGCAGCAACAUGGCCAUGUUCGAGACCACGUCAACAUCAACAACCCUGCAACACGACCACAUAGAAUACCACGUCCGCAAAAGUCAAAAAGUUUUCAAAAGGUCAACGUUGGCAGCAACAUGGCCAUGUUUGAGAACACGUCAACAUCAACACACCUUGCAACAGGGUCAUGUUCGAGACCACGUCAACAUCAACACACCUUGCAACAUGGCCACGUUGAAGACCACGUCAACAAAAGUCACGAGCUUUCAAAGGGUCAAUGUGGGCAACAACAUGGUCAUUAUCGCGACCACGUCCACAUGAACACACCUUUCAACGUGGCCAUGUUGAAGACCACGUAG